AUGGAAUGGAUGAGAGAACGGGAUAAACCUGAAGCGGUAAAAGACAAUUUGGCGCACUGCAAUAGAAAACUCCGAUUUACAAGCCUCGUGCUUAGCUUCAUCUCUAUUUCGUUCGUUUUAUUCUCUGUGCAAGCGUGUCCUAGCUCAGACGACGAGCAUCAAAUUUUUCCACGGACGGCUUACUUUAAUGCCACUCAUGACUCUACUACGCCUGGCCUAAGGGCUCGUGUUGCAGAGUUUGAUGAAGCACAAGAGAAAGGUCAUGAUCUCCUUUCAGUAGAAAAAUCUGUCAAAUCCUCACAAAAUGAUAAAUGUUGUAUCACCUCACCCGCAUCUGUCGAUGACAAAUUAAGUUUGGAUGAACGAAAUGACUAUUCCAAAGUGAUAGGAGAUUUCGCAAAACUGACUCGUGAGAUGUAUGAACUGCGGCUCCUUUACGAAGACGUCAUAUAUUCAAUAAAAAUGAAAAGGCAGAAUGUUGCGACACUCUCGAGUCUAAUCGAACAGCUCAGGUCGAACAACAACCAACUUCUUAAAAUACUGAGGCAGCAUAACGCACGCAGUUCCGAAGGAUCGUCACAAAAGCAUCUGAGUGGGAAGCAAAGAAUACUUCGUGCACUUACAAUCGCUGAGUGUUUACGGGGUAUCUGCAUUGUCUUCCGUGUUCCAUUUGUCCUCCUCAAACAACACUUUUGGCCAUACACUCAGGUCGAAGAAAUAGUUGGGUUAUUUGUCAGCCGAAAUGUAGCAGCUGCAGCUAGUGCUUGCUCUCGUGUAUAUGAAAAUGUGUAUGUCUCAGGAGUAGACAAGAUUUUUAAUUGGGCGCUCACUCACCUGAGAGCGUACAUCACAGCCCAUGCGUCUCUACAAAGCGAACACAUGGCGAUGAGGCUCGACCUUGAGGAUUACAUAAAACGGGAAUAUAACUUCGACGCAACCGUUUUUUCUAAUGAUGAAACGCGGCACUGGUCUAUCAAUAGAAUCCGGUCUCUGCUGUAUUUGAAACUAGGGCUAAGACAUUGUAUGUAUUGGUGGUAUGCUUUAGUGCAGGACUCAAACAAACAUGUACGCGGAAACUACACGUUGUCCAGGUUGUUGAUGGCUGUUUAUGGCCAAAAAUUUAGGAUAUUCUGUAAACGUAUAGAAGUUUACCUUUUGUGGCUAGCUGCAUCUUCAACAUUUUCCAUCUGGAACCCUAAAAUGUCUGAGGAUGAUAUACAAAGCAUACAGAAUCUUCUGGUAGGACUCUACGGUCCCAUCGUUUUGUCCCCUUUUACCAUCAGGGAAUGGUUCAUAGUUGUUUCUGUGGCUCUUAACCGGCUCAUCAAACACAUAGACAACGAACUCAAGAUGUUAUAUACCCAUCUAACGGCUGUAUACCCGGAAUUCGUGCAUGUGUGUCCUGUUUCUUUAAAGGAAAGGCUUUAUAUGACCUUGGCUAUCGUCUGUAUAGCGGCAUUUCUAGCGUGGCUAAGCGUCCGUAUUAUUUGCUGCGUUGUUGCUGUAGUGCACGUGUUCCUUGCUGGCUUGAAAAGACUGAAUUUUGUAUACAGCAUAUUGGAAAAGUUCAAGCACUGGUAUCAGACAUCAUUUUUACGUUGGUCAUUCACUUUACUUCAAAAUGAGCCAGGUGAAGUGAGGCCACUUUCGCAAGGUAAAGGACGCAAGAAAUUAAGGAACGCGCAUAUUCACGGCCUUUCGGAUGAGACGCAUGCUCUAAAUUUUAGGAAGGCUGGCGGAUCGGUUAAUAAAACUACCACGUUCUGGAACACUCGUGCACGUCGCGACCGCUUGCGUGACACGUAUGGUUAA